CUGAGAUCUGAGCGGCGACCCCCAAAUGGGUGGCGAAAGCUCGCCCACUGCGUUCAUAGCUUAUUCGAAAGAAUCCAUGAACACAAUCAAUAGUCUUUUCUUCAAAUCUAUAUCAUGUCCACUAGGCGAAGAAUCGGCGUCAGCAUCGCAACGACGGAGGCUGCAAGACGCCAACUCAUGCAGCCAGUUGUUUGCUGGGAGAAAGUAUGGACCGUUCCAGAAAACGCUGCUCCAAAUUCUUCUGUGAAAAUCUACAAGUGGGUGAAGACAGACAAAAAACAACAAUUUAGUGACGAUGAAGGAGAAGUGGACGAACCACUGGCACCCCUUCCUGACGAACCUGAAAUAGUAGAAGGAGACGAAGAGAUGGACCAGGACGAGCCAGUUGCCUCUGUAGCUCCCGAUGCAUUAGCGCCUGUGGUGGACACGGAGACAAACUCAGUUAAUCAGGAAAUUCCGUCAGAACCUCAAACCAAACCAUCCUCGCCAACACCUCCUGCACUUUCGCUCCAGGCUGCUGAACCUAUAUUGGUCGCAGAGGAGGUUGCAGACAUGUUGGACGAAUCGCUCAAAGCUCUCGAUGGCAACGUGGAUAUCGAAAUCGGUCCACACGAGAAUGUCAAUCCUGAAGACGUCGGAGACCUGGAUAUGACAGUGCUCGGACCUGAUGGAACUGCGUUUGAAGGCGUUCAUGAUCUCAGUCAAAUGGAAAACGGCGACGCAUUAUUGGGCGGGCCUCUCAUGGAUCACACAGUUGAUCCAUUCGCCGUAAACCUGGAUAAUGAUGAAGCUGUUGAGGGAGCAGCUCCAUGACCCUCACUCUGAUUGUACCAGUUCACUGCUUCAUCAAUUGUUGCUGCUCGUGUACAGACUACUAGCUGCAACAAUAGGAGACGUAGUCUGUUGUUCUCCACGCCGAAGACCCUAGAACCGUACUUCCACUCCCGAUAUUGACGUAGUAUCCGGUCCUGUACUGUUGCUCAUACAAGAGCAGUUGAGGUUUAUAUUCUUCUCAUUCUUAAGAGGUUGUACUAUGGACGUUGGUGUGCGGUCGAGUGUGCUCUAUCGUGCUCUCUGAUCUUCGUAGACGAUUACCUUUAUCCUCGAACUAAGUUCGAAUUCUGAUGCUCACCAAAUACCCAAGUGGUCAAGGGCGGCUGCUGCCAGUAAUUAUGUGGCCCGAGGACUCGAUAUUCAA